AUGGAUCAGACGUCCAAACAAUCUAGACGGGAAGUGCAGCCAGCAGGCGAUGAUGACAGCGAUUUGGACGAACCUGUGCAGCCAUUACGGCGAGCCUCACAAGUGAGAAAGGGCCAUGAGUGCCCUUACCUUGACACAGUAUCGAGACAGAACCUGGACUUCGAUUUUGAGAAGUGCUGCUCGGUGUCUCUCAGUCCGGUCAAUGUGUAUGCCUGCCUGGUUUGCGGCAAGUACUUCCAGGGUCGAGGGCAGCAGACGCAUGCCUUCACGCAUGCACUGGAGACAGGGCACCACAUGUUCAUGAAGCUGUCUGAUGGGCGCGUGUACUGCCUGCCCGAGGGAUAUGAAGUGGACGAUCGCUCGCUGGACGCCAUUCGCUAUGUCCUGAACCCCACAUUCACACCAGAGAAGAUUGCUAGUCUGGACACAGAUGCCCGGUGGGUGCGCUCUCUGGACGGCAGCGAGUACAUGCCGGGCCUGGUGGGCCUCAAUAACAUGAAGGCCAAUGACUACGUCAACGUCAUUGUACAGGCACUGCUGCGUGUGCUGCCGCUGCGCAACUUCUUCCUUCUGCCGGAGAACUAUGCGUCCUGCAAAUCUCAGCUGGUGCAACGUUUUGGGGAGCUGCUGCGCAAGGCCUGCAACCCCAGGAACUUCAAGGGCCAGGUGAGCCCGCACGAGUUCAUGCAGGCGGUGAUGACGGCCAGCGCCAAGAAGUUCACAAUAGAGAAGCAGAGCGACCCCGUGGACUUCCUCUCCUGGUUCCUCAACAUGCUGCACGCCGACCUCACCGGCGGCAAGCGGAAAAAGGCCUCCAUCAUCUCGCGCUGCUUCCAGGGAGAGCUGGAGAUCACAGUGGAGGCGGGUACGGGGAAGGCAGCGGUGCCAAAUGCGGCGGGGGAGGUGAGGGAUGUGGUGGAGCGCGUUCCCUUCCUCAUGCUCGCACUCGAUCUGCCGCCUGCGCCCCUCUACAAGGACGCCCUUGAAAAGAACAUCAUCCCUCAGGUGCCCAUCUUUGAGCUGCUGCGAAAGUUUGACGGCGGGCGCAUACACGAUGACAUAAAGGCCGGGAGGAGGCGGUACCGGCUGACGCGGCUGCCUACCUACCUGGUGCUGCACAUGAAGCGCUUCACCAAGAACAACUUCUUCUGGGAGAAGAACCCCACCAUCGUCAACUUCCCAGUCAGAAAUCUGGAGCUUCGAGACAUUGUCCCAGUCCCCAAAGGAAAGACUGGGGAGCCAGAGGCAUCCAAAUACGACCUGGUGUGCAACAUCUUGCACGAUGGGAAGGCAGGCGAGGGGACAUACAGAGCGCACGUACACCGCAAGGCAGAGGACGCUUGGUAUGAGGUGGAUGAUCUGCGCGUCACCGACAUCCUGUCCCAGAUGGUGGUCCUGUCAGAAACAUACAUGCAGGUGUAUGAGCUCAAGCGGCUGCCUGCCAAAGCAGCCUGA